GGUAGACUUUCUUUGGAAGAUGUUAAAAAAAAAAACACUCACACAAUGCUAAGAUUUCUCUCUCUAUUCCAUUUCACAACCAUUCAUUCUUGUUCUUCUUUGAGGGACAUUGAAUUGUUGAGAAGAGCAGUUAACAGGAGAUAUUGAGUUUCCGGCAGGUGUGUAUAUAUUAUUGACAUUGAAUCUCGGCCGGAAGCUCAACGUUGGUGCUAAAAACAAAAACUAUGGAUUCAUCUCCUGAUACUGCUUCCUCCGAUAAUAGUACUGAUUCUAGUUCUAGCAAGAGUAGCCCUCCUUCUUCAGAUGGACCUCCACCAUCUUCACCUUCUUCAGAUUCAUCUUCAUCUUCAUCACCACCGAAAAAUGAUUCUACUCCUUCAUCUCCACCACCAAAAGAUGAAUCUCCUCCGUCGUCACCGCCAACACAAUCUCCUCCUCCUUCCCCUGAUGCACCACCCCCGAAAAACGAUUCUCCUCCACCAGCAUCUCCACCACCCAAAGAUGAUCAAUCUUCUCCAUCACCACCAAAAGAUGAUAAUAACCAAUCUCCUCAAUCUCCUCAAUCCCCUCCUCCUUCACAAUCACCACCUGUACAAUCUCCUCCGCCAUCAUCAAACACUACACCAUCACCACCUGCUCCUAAGAAUCCGUCACCUGUAUUUUCUCCACCACUUCCUGUUUCUUCACAAUCACCUCCAGCUCCUCAUGCAGCAGCACAUUUGUCUCCUCCUCCACACUCUGGACCCGAUCGACCAUCAGAUAAACCACCUGGUUCCUCAGGGAACAACGGUUCGACACCUUCCCCUGAUUCUGAUUCCUCCUCAAAUAAUGUGGCUGUAAUAGCUGGACUUGCCGUAGGCGGCUUAUUAGUUAUUGUGGUUAUCGUUCUAUGUGUAUGGUGUAAUAAAAGGAAGAAGAAGCAGAGAUACUAUAUGGGUCCACCUAAAGGAAGUGAUCAAUAUGAAAAUUAUAACAGUCAGUGGAACAGACGUCAGUCUAUGGGGGAUCACGUCAUGAAGGUACCGCAGGGUGAAAUGGGGAUUCCUCAAGGUGGUUGGGCUGCAGCUACUCAACAUCAGGCAACUAAUUCAAGCAGCGAAUUCGGCUCAGGUUUUUCAGGACAAGCGCCAGGCCAAGGGCCAUUGCCUCCUCAAUCACCUAACAUGGGUGGACUUGGUGGUUUCUCUCAAAGCCAAUUCAGUUAUGAGGAGUUAGCGAAGGCUACAGAUGGAUUUUCUCAUGCCAAUCUGUUAGGCCAAGGUGGUUUCGGGUACGUGCACAAAGGUAUUUUGACUGAUGGAAGAGAGGUUGCUAUCAAGAGUUUGAAAGCAGGUAGUGGACAAGGCGAACGAGAAUUCCAGGCUGAGGUUGAGAUCAUUAGCAGAGUUCAUCAUCGUCAUCUUGUGUCCCUUGUUGGAUAUUGCAUUGCUAAUGGACAGCGCAUGUUGGUUUAUGAAUUUGUUGACAACAAAACCUUGGAGUUCCACCUUCAUGGGAAAGGUCAACCUGUCAUGGAUUGGGAAACCAGACUUAAAAUUGCUUUGGGAUCAGCCAAGGGUCUGGCUUACCUCCAUGAAGAUUGCCAACAUAGAAUUAUCCAUCGCGAUAUCAAGGCUGCAAACAUUCUACUAGACUACAAUUAUGAAGCCUUGGUGGCAGAUUUCGGAUUGGCUAAGCUUACUUCUGACAACAAUACUCAUGUGUCGACUCGUGUUAUGGGAACAUUCGGGUACUUGGCUCCUGAAUAUGCAUCCAGUGGAAAGCUAACAGAGAAAUCAGAUGUAUUUUCAUAUGGAGUCAUGCUGUUGGAACUCAUAACCGGGAGGCGACCUGUUGAUCCUAAUGAUAAAUACAUGGAAGACAGCUUAGUAGAUUGGGCUAGGCCGCUUCUUACAAGAGCACUAGAAGAGGGAGUAUAUGACGGAUUGGUAGACGUGCGCCUUGAAGGAAACUAUGAUACAGAUGAGCUACAUCGCAUGGUAGCCUGUGCUGCUGCUAGCAUUCGCCAUUCUGCUAAAAGACGCCCUAAAAUGAGCCAGAUUGUACGUACCUUAGAAGGCAAUGCAUCGUUGGAGGACUUGAACGAUAGUGCAAGACCUGGAAAAACACCUAGCUUUGCGGCCUCAAGCGGGGUGACCCAGGCCUAUGAUACUGCUAUGUAUAAUGCUGACAUGAUGAAAUUCAGGAAAAUGGUUAUGACAACCCAAGAAUUCAAUAACGGUGAACAUGGAAAACCUCCAAGUGAGUAAAGACUCAACCCUUACUCUCCUCCUCGGGCAGUGACUGCAGAGAUUUUGGUGCCUCGGGGAGACAAGAGUUAUUAAAAGGAAUGGAACUGCUGCUUUUCUAAAGGUUCACCUGAAGCUUGAGAUUUUUUUUCCAAAUCAUAUCAAAUGGUUCUUGACUGGAAUCAGUAACAUAGAUUUGAGAUUAUAACAAUGUCUAUGGUGUACAUUUACUCAUAUCUUGAUUUGAAUAACAAAGUUUAUAGGAUCAGAACACGUU